CAAAGGGAAUUAGGUGUUUCAACCCCAAAAACCUAUACUUCGCCCUUGGUCGUUCGUCUCCUUCACCGAAACGAAACAUGAGUAUGACGAAACCUGGUGGAGAGAAGAUUGCUGCUGCUCCUCCUUGUUACGGCAGCGAACCUUUGGUUGAGGAAAGGACGUUCUUUCCACCCAUUGGACGUAGCACCAAGGUCCGGACGAUCUAUGCUUCUAAUUUUUGCUCUUUCACGACGAACAAAGAGUACGAUGAUGGAUUCCCUGGAAUUCUCUAUCAGACCGGCGGUCUUGGGUGGGUUAACCCGAAUAAGUCUGUUCACGCCAGAUCUCAUCAUAUGGAGAAUAGAAAGAAGAUCUCUGUUGGUCGAAACAUUGGAACCACUAGAGUUCUGAGAUCUGGUUGCAAGAUUAACUUCCUUAGGAGGAGGAGGCAGAGAUUAGCCGCACUCGAGAUGAAUAGAAAGAAGCUUGCUCCUGCUCCCAACAAACCGGACACGUUUUUGAUUGCUCCUGGAGUCAGCGUCCUAGAAUGGAAAGCUGCUGUGAUGAGCAUAUCAUGAACGGAGACAAGAUUGCUCCUCCUUGUGUCCCCAUCGAACGUCGUUUUAAGUUCACUGAGUGCCAUGAGGCCUCGCUUUUUCCUGGACGUACCAUCAAGAUCCGGACGAUGUCCGAUACUCAAAACAUGGGUGUUAUGAAAUCUGUUGGCAACCUCAACGACCUUACAUCUCCUCCCCCCUCGUGGAAUACUCUAUCAGACAAGUUGUAUCGAGGCAAAGACAUAAUCGGAGGGUUUGGACGAGGAGCAGAAGAAAAUACUCUUUCGUGCGACAGCUUAUUCGCAUUAUUGUUUAUUUAUAUCAGCUAAAUAUUUUCUAAUUGUAUUUUUAAUCGCACAUUCACUUUACUUUUUAAACUGCAAUUGUUUUUUUGUUUUGUCUUUCUUAAAAUUUUCCCAUCCUCAC